GCAGCAAACUCUACUCUUCUGGGUGGUGGAGGAGUGGAUGGCUGCAUACACAAAGCCGCUGGACCCUGCCUGUAUGACGAGUGUCAUACACUGAAUGGUUGUGAAACGGGCAAUGCCAAGAUCACCGGUGGCUAUGACCUCCCAGCAAAGUAUGUUAUCCAUACCGUGGGCCCAGUGGCCAGAGGCUACGUCGGAAAGGCCCAGAAAGAGCUGCUGUCGCAGUGCUACCAGAACUCACUGGCGCUGGUCAAGGAAUACGACUUGAGAUCUGUGGCCUUCCCCUGUAUAUCCACUGGUAUUUACGGAUUUCCGAAUGAGCCUGCAGCUGAAAUUGCCCUCAGCACUGUCAAGACCUGGCUAAAGAAGAACACUGAGAUCGAUCGCGUCAUUUUCUGUGUCUUCCUGGAGACCGACUUCAAGAUCUACAAAGAAAAGAUGACUCGUUUCUUCUCAAAAGACAAGCACGAGGACGUAGAUGAGGAGGGAGCAGUGGAUGAAGGUAAAAUGGACACACCUCCAUCUAAGAAGUACAAAAACAAGAAACAAGGAAGUGAUGAAGAGAAUGUAGAAGAGAGGGAGCAGGAGAAAGGAGAGGUUGAAGAUAUUCAGAUGGAGAGCCAGACAGAAUGCGCUGACAGCACCUUUGAUGGGGACGUAGAGAUGUCGAGUCAGGCUUACGAUGAACAAGAGAAGAGUCCAGAGUAUAGCAUGGAUAAUAAGGAUGUGAAAGACAAAGACAUGACCUCAGGCAAGUCGGAGGAGAAGUACCCAAUGGGGGGGCAACUCAAAGAGGAGGGUAUGGACUGUGCUGCAGAUACUGCAGUCCAAGCCGCCAUGACAACAGAGAGCCAAAGCAGCCCAAGCGCAGAUGGGUCUAAAUGCCCAUCAGCAGAAAUGGCCGCAGCACAGGUGGUGAGGAGUCUGGACACAGAUACAGAAGGAGAGAGCAGUGGUGACUCCCAAAAGCCUGUCAGCGACAGUGACGCUCCAGCAGAUGAGGGGGGGGCCCACCAUGGUCAAGCAGCUGCUCAGGGUGAAGACACCAGUGCUUUUAAAGGUCCUCCAGCUGAACCAAGUACUCAGGGUGAGGAAUCUGAAGAAUCUGAAGUAAUGCAGCCUGACAGAAAUCAGUCCAAAGACCCAUGAGGAGUGAAGAGACAAUCAGCCUCAUCAUGGGAAGACAGCAAGACUGUGCAAAGGCACCAUCACACUGACAUUGUCCACUGGGAGAACUAGAUGUUCUAGGAAGAGUAGAACAAAGUUCAUUAACUUUUACGCUUUUGAUUUUUUACUAAUCGCUUUCUUUCAUAGAACUAUAUAUGAAAUAUAUAGAAAUGUAUAAAAAUAUAUAUAUAUUAAAAAGCAAAUUAUAAAAUAUAUUCAAAAAUGAAAUGGGGAAAACAUAUCAAAAGAUUUCUCAAGGUGACGAGUGUGUGAAUUGGCAGUGAUAGCUGGUAGGUAAGGUUCCGCCCUGAGCUGAUGGGGCGCCCUGGGGGCAAAGCAUACCUACCCAUCUGGGAGCUGGUAACUGAGGCCCAACAUUAAUGGUCCUUUGGUCUGCAAUGUCUGAAAGCUGAAACUCACCAACCAUCCUCAUUCCAGUUUCCUGCUACAUAAGACACCCCCCCCCCCAGCAAUUCAAACACUACAGGGCAGUGCAGCUUUGUUUUCUAAAGGCACCAGAAAUGUGGUUAUUCUGUAGGUUAAUCCUGCGUUUUGUACUUGAGACUGAGCUUGAAAACGUCGCAGAAGCCCAGGAAAAUAAAAGUAAAAUCACUAAUUCCUUUUGAUGCAUCGACACUGCUACAAAUCCAGCACUUCGCGGCUUCAGCAUUUUUCAUAAGUCUUGAGAACACAUUUGAAAAGCCAGCGACCAAAUGGCAAAGCGUCACAAUUCAGCAUCAUCUCCCUUAACCACAUCAAUUAGUUUUGAUCCACAUACCUGUGGUGUGUUUAGUGGGGCUUAUUAAAAGAAAGAGUUCAUUAAUUUGAAAAGACAAUUGAGUUUAGUUGCCUAUCUGUGUGAGGAGAUUCAAUUAUUUUGGCAAUUUUCUGUGCAUGGCAGCUUUGCUUUAAACUUCCAAAACAUAAAACUCACUUUGUCCUCUGACUUUCUCUCUUAGCAUUUAAAGGAUCUGCCUUGUUUGGCAUACAUGACCAUACAGAAAAAAGUGAAGGUGUAAAUGCAAAUAUUUAGUGGUGCAUUGUUCUGCAUACAAGUUGUAUUUGUUAGUACAUAAUGUGGUGGCUGAUGCCUGUGUUUCCUUUCCUUUCUAAUUUAUAAGGAACACAAUGGGAAGUUUUUUCCCCUAAGUACUUUUUUUUCCAACAGAAAUCAAUUAGUUCCUUUCAUCUGUGCCAUGUCAUAUUUUACUCAAUGAAAUGCCUUCAUACUUUGAUGUUUGCUUUGCUAAACAAUGACAAAAAAUAAACGUUUAAUCAAUGCCUGAAUAACA